AUGACUACCACAUACAAACUCCACGAUGUAGAGUCCUUGAUUGACUGGUUUAUGGAAUUGGACAAGAACAAUGACGAGAAAGUGGACAAGAAGGAACUGAUCGCAUACUACAAAGAUAAAGGUGUCUCCGAGACCAAAAUAAAUGAAUGGAUGGAGCAUUUUGAUGCCGACAAUGAUGGAAAGAUUUCUCUGAUGGAAUUCUGUCGCGGUCUUGGUUUGCGAAUUGACGAAAUCCGUGUUGAACAGAAGGAACGAGCAAUCCAAAGGUCCGGCAAAGCCCCGGCCCUGAGCCCCGAUAUUGAAAUGAUCGCGACCACAAUGGCGCAACCACGUCAGGUUGAAGUAACCGAGAAAUUCAAGAAAUUGGUCGAGGCACACAACAGCAAGGAUGAGGAGAUGAAAGAUGUAGCACACGAGCUGAAAACAUUCUUGGACGAUACAUAUGGUCGUGUGUGGCAGUGCGUUAUCCUCACCGGCUCGUACUGGAUGCAGUUCUCGCACGAACCGUUCUUGUCCAUCCAAUUCCGAUUCGGGCGUUACAUCUGCUUGGCUUGGCGUACCCCACGAGGUUAG